AAAGUAUUGGUUUUGGUUUUUGUGGCACAGAUGUUAACUGGAUAAGACACUUUAUUCGCAUGCUUUUCAUAAAGGGCUACACAAAGAAAGACAGCUCACAAAAAAUCGAAUCUUGGAUCACAGCAAUUGGUUAGAGGUUCCGCACAAAAGAGGCAUCAUGUCGAUGGGAUUGGAGAUCGUUGGGAUUGCCCUGGGCAUCAUUGGUUGGAUCAUUGGCAUCGUUGCUUGCGCUCUGCCCAUGUGGCGUGUGACGGCCUUCAUCGGUCAAAAUAUCGUCACGGCCCAGAUCACCUGGGAGGGUUUAUGGAUGAGUUGUGUUGUGCAGAGCACCGGACAGAUGCAAUGUAAGAUCUACGACUCCAUGCGGGCCCUGUCGCAGGACCUCCUGGCCUCACGAGCCAUGACCAUCAUCUCCAUCAUCUUGGCAGUCCUGGCUGUAAUAAUCUCCAUCAUGGGCGCCAAGUGUACCAACUGUAUAGAGGAUAAAACCGCCAAGGCAACAGCUAUGAUCGUGUCCGGUGUCCUCUUCAUUCUUGCCGGCAUCCUGGAGCUCAUUUCAGCUGCUUGGGUGGCAAACCAAAUCUUUCGGGACUUCUACAAUCCGUUGGUAGCCAGCGCACAACGGAAUGAGCUUGGGGCAUCGCUCUACAUAUGCUUUGCGGCUGCUGCUUUGUUGCUGAUCGGAGGAGCAAUGCUGUGUUGCUCCUGUCCUCCACAAGAGAAGAAGUACAAGUCACAGAGAAUGGGCUCUAACAGCGUUCUAACAGUGGUGGAAAUGACAGCAUUCCAAUAUUAAGGGUCAUGCUAUGCUAUCAAUAUGUACUUUUUCAGUUUCAUAAGGAUGGUCUAUGGGCAUAUUUUGAGGCACUUAAUGUGUUAAUUAAAGGAGUAGUUCAUCCAAAUAUGAUAAUUCUGUCAUCAUUUACUCACCCUCAUGUAGUUUAAGCCUGUAUGAGUUUUUAUUCUGUUAAACACAAACGAAAAUAUUUUAAUAAAUAAAGGUAGUGACACAGUUGACAGUACUCAUUGACUUCCAUAGUAGGAAAAAGUAAUACUAUGAAAGUCAGUGAAAGUCAAAAUAUCUUGUGUUGAGCAGAAAAAAGAAAAUUAUGAGGAUGAGUAAUGAUGAUAGAAUUUUGUUUUUUUUAAGCCCGCAAUGUUCAGCUUUGUAUUUAGUUGUUCUUUGUAUUAUUGAGACAAAAAUAAAUAAAGGUUUAACUGGUUAAUUUUCUUUUAUAAGCAAAAUGUUUUCAGAUUCAGUGUUCAAUAUUAUAAUGUACAUAGACAGGAAAGGAAGACUUAAACUCAUAUGUUAUAAAAUUUAACUUAAAACUAAAGCCAUGGAAUAAAAAUCAGAUAAAUAAUCAUGUUUGCUAUUUAGAUAUUAAAGUUUUUUUUACAUGUAUUUAAAAUGGUGAUUGCUAACAACUGUACAUGAUACUACAAAUGUUGUUGGGAACUUUAAAUGUCAUCAUGCA